UGAGGGAGAGAAAGGGCAGAAGGGGUUCAUGAGGACGGCUGGGUGGAGUCCCUCACACUCUUAAGUUACUAGCAAGUUUGGCCAGUCCUUAAACCUCGUCAAAUUGUCCUGCCCCUGUGGCCUUCCCCUGUGUCCUUCUCCUGUGGCCUUCCCCUGUGUCCUGCCCUGUGUCUGGAGUGUAUAGGUAAACUUGGUUUACUAAGUUAACCAGAGCAACAGUAGACGCAGAUUUCCACUACCACUACCACCACCACCCCUAAAACUGCCAAUAUGAAGGAAUGCUGGUCACCGUGGUACUACUACGACGACAUAAAGUCGGCCAGCAAAGCGUGUGCGGCAACAACCAUCUUCUUUAGCACCUUUUCUAUCAUCUACAUUUGCUACUGCCUGGAUGGUGGUGAAUCCUCCCAGUUCUUCUUACCUUUGUUUGAGACAGACGUAGACACAACCAUGAAAAGUGCUGGUGGAUUUAUGAUCUUCUUCUACAUUGUGUACAUUAUAACAUCUAUCCUGAUGGUGAAGGGGCUAAGCAUAGAGCUUCGAGGCCUCAUUUUGCCAUGGCUCACACAGAACCUCAUCUACAUCCUCAUGAUCAUCGCCUUUGCUCUCUGGCUUCAGGCCUCCUACUACCAUUACCUGCUGUCGGUAUUGUGGACGUGCCUCUACUUGCUCUUCGCUGCCGCCCAUAUAUACAUGCACAGGUGUGUCAAGAGCCAGUAUGACAACAUAAAGAUGAUUCAGGCUCAAAACAUCGAGCAGCUUUUCUAAUCAUGUCUGCAGAUGCCAGCUUCAACAUGCCUGUACUGAUCGUGUCUUGGGAUAACGACUUCAGUACAUCUGUACAAUAUCCGUCCAUCAGAACAUUCCAUGUGAAUACUGCACAAAUUUAAAUGAUACCUCAGCAACACUUGCCUAGUAGUGCCCUUGUAUGAUUCUUUGCAACUGUUGCCUGUUAAUUGUCCCUGUAUGAUGCUAAUGUGAUAUGUUAGUAUCAUGUCUCUUGUUCCAUUUAGGGCUUCACUGGUACAAUACCUGUUCUUGCUAGGAACAGAUACUCCAUUUCAUGUCCAUUCUCAGAUUCCACAUUGAUGAUGCUAGUAUUACACACUCCAUAUGUGUCUAUUCCCUGAUGACACUACAAACAGAUCUGUCUAAUUACCCAAAGCUUCCUAGCAUUACCUAAGUAAUGAGUAAAUAUGAGAUAUUUACUCACUAUAAUGUUGGUGCUGAAUGUAGAACAUGAAAACACAUAUUUUUACUCUGAAAUAAUAUAUAUUUUUAUAAUGAAACUGGGUACAUCUAAUUACCCAAAUCCACAACAUUAUCACUUAGAACGUCGACUUCCUGUGGCAUCACCUGCCACUUAAUAUCGUCUAAUUUCGUUAUAAAAUUUUAUUAUUUCAGAGUAAAAAUCUAUUUUUUCAUGUUCUACAUGCAGCACCAACAUUAUAGUGAGUAAAUAUGUCAUAUUUAUUCUUUAUGUACGUAAUGCUAGGAAGCUUUGGGUAGAUUUAGGUAAUUAUACGGACCGCUACAAAUGGGUUUUCCACGUUUGUUCUAUACCACUCUGAAGGUGGUACCAAUAAUCUACAUGAUGUCCAUUCCUUGAUAAUAUGACUAGCACAUGUUCCACAUGCUAUUCAUUCCCUAAUGUUAACCAUGCGAUGUUACUAAGAGAUAUUACAUAUGUGGUUUAAUUUUUUGAGGCUACCUUGAUAUUGUUACUCUACAUACUGUAUAUAAAUUUACAUAAAUUUAAACAUACUGUACUCAUUUCUUUACACUCAUUCUUCAGUUAUUAUCUGCUCACCCGAUUGACGUCGCACAAAAUUUAGAUUUAAAGUUUUUCAUAAUGUCAGCUUUGUAUGUUGUUGUUGGGUUAGGGGCAGCUACAGCGCCGGGCUGUAUGUACCGUAUCAAUCCAGGCGUAGCUGGAGAGUCCCGGUGAACCAGCAGGGUGCCCUUCGAACACAGGCAGCACUGGUUACAGAUGCCUGUGUGUGGCCUGUAGGAAGUGAAACGUCAAACGCAGGGUGUUGUAAUGCAAAAUCUCCUCCAGGCCAUGUCAUUGAGGAGAAAGGAAAGUGUGAGGUGGGAGGUUUGGAUGCGAACAAGUCGCUGCAGAGAUGUAUUCGCCUUUCGUGUGAAAUAAGUGUAGUCCUCAUUAACAUUCAGAAUAUUUCACUGUACUGUAUACUGUAUAUAAAUUAACAGUUUAGUC